UAGCUAACUAUCGAUUCGAAUUUUUCACUUUCAAGGAUGUUAGGAGGGUUAUUUGUCGAGUUCGAUUAAUAAUUCAGUUAGUAUAAUAAUUUAAUAUUAUCUACACAGCUAGCUUGAGACCCAUGUGGUUACCUUGAUGGUUACUGGAAUUUGUAGUAGCGGGCGUCGGAAAGGAUUUUUAAAAUGGCGUUUAAAACGCACGCAGCCAGUGCAUCAGCAGCAGAGAGCUCCAGUGAGUUGCUGAGAGAGCUGCUUACUGAUGGCUACUGCCACGUGUGCGGCGCGGUGCUGCAGUUCGAGUCCCAGCGCGUCUCCCAUUACGAGGGUAAGAAGCAUGCGCAGAAGGUGCGACUGUACCUGCAGAGCAAGCGUGAUGAGGAGAGGUCCAGCAGUGGACGGGCCGUUUUCCAGCAAAAAGAUGGCUCUGUGGACAAGGAAAGGUUCUGUGAGCUUUGCAAUAUGGUGUUCAGUGCUCCUGUGGUGGCAAAGUCUCACUAUGAGGGCAAAAUCCAUGCCAAGAACCUGCGCAGGUCUGGUCUCAUCAGCCCUGCCUCGGACCAGCAGGAGACAGAAGACUCUGUCCUCCAGCGGAACACGGUGUCCCCUGCAGGGGGAAUCGCCACCCCGGAGGAGAAGACGGAGCAGGGGUUAGAGCUGAGCGACCCAGACAGAUACUGCCACCUUUGCUCAGCCUCCUUCAACAACCCGCAGGUAGCCAAACAGCACUAUGCGGGCCGGAGGCACCAGAGGAGCCAGGCCAGGCAGCGCCUCCUGGAGCAGAUGGGCCAGGAUGGGGAGCCCAGCGAGCAGAAGACCAGCAGUUUCACUUGCCCAAUAUGCUGCAUCACACUGAACUCGGUGGAAAUGUACCAGGCUCACAUGCAGGGGAACAAGCACCAGCUGAAAGAGAAGCAUGUCGCUGACCUGAUGAGCAAAUCACAGAAGAAAGUUUACAGCUCCUUCCAGGACGAACUGGCCGACUAUAUCCAAGUGCAAAAGGCACGUGGGCUCGAACCCAGGACCACGCAGUUGGCAAAUGCUCAGGAAAAGGAAGAACUACAGGACAGAGGAGCGCCGUUCGAUGGCACUGCUGACAUGACGGCCUGUGAAGUCAUUGUCCUUCCCCCUGCUCACUUUCCACUGCCGUCGAAGUACCCCUCGUUUCCACCUCCUCCACCCAUUUUUGGCUCUGGGUCGAGAGACCCAGAGGGUCCAUGUUGGAACCAAUUCUAUGUGCUUCCAGGUCCUGGGGGCUGGCAGUGCCACAGGGGUAGCAAUAAUGGGCACAGGACCGGCCAUGAGAGCAGCCUAGAACGAGAGAGCUCUGGCUCCACUGGUACAUCCUCGAGCUCCUCCAGCCAGAAGGACAGGAGGAGACUACACAAGAGGAGGGGAAGAAGAAGGAGAGGCAGAGAGGAGGAGGGCUCAGAAGAGGAGAGUGAAGAAGAGGACCUGAGGCGGAAGAGGAAGAGGCACCGGAAGAAAAGUAGGAGACACGAGGAGGGGAGGCUGGAGGAACAACAUAGAGCGAAGAGGAGCAGGAAGGAAGAGAAGACCACAAAGGAGGAGAAAGAUGGGGAGAAUGAACAGGUGAAGGCAGGUAGGAAUGACAUGGAAAAGCACCCAAGGGCACAGCAGGAUCAUGUGAAAGAAGGAAAGACCAAGCACAAGAAAGACAAGAAGAGAGCAAAAGAAAGGGUGGAUGAAAUAGACAUGCGGACAGAGGAGGAGAAGCUGUGGGAUGAGUCCAUCCUGGGGCUUCUCUGACCGUCGGCUUGUAUUCCGUAAGAUCUUAAGUUAGUUGCAGCCAUGCGCCACUCUGGGUGUAGCGCAGUCUCUGCCUGCAGCCUCCUGUCUGUGUGAAGUUAGGAAUCUCUUUACCUGACUGUCUGUGAAGCUGCUUUAAGGAGCCCUUGCUGUGCAUUGAGGUCCUCAGGCCUCCAUCCCCAAACAAUGGCAGAAUGAUUCUGCGUUUCCGCUGCGUAUGACGGCAGUCAGUGCAGUUUGUGCCGUUUAGGAAGUGUGUUUUUGUUUUUUUCCUUUGUUCAGUGGACAAAUCAAAAGACAUUACAUGUUUAACAAAGAUUGUCUUAAUAUAUUAGUACAGCAAUACUUGAAUUUACUCUUCAAUAACCUUUUAAUUUCAGUAAAAAGACCAAGCUUUAACGAAAUCGCAUGCCCCGGCUGUGGAAGCAGAAUCUGUGUCGAGCUGCUAAAUGACUUGCGUCUUACUGGAGUCAUUACUUUUGUUGAUAUAGCAUUUUGCAUUUUGUCUUCAUGCCAUUUUGUCAUUUAUGCCUGUUAUGUAUUUUUCCUAUUAGCUUCUCCAUUAUCUGUAACUAGAUGCAAGGAAAAAGGUGCAGUCUCAAAGGGCAUACUAUUUUUUUUUUUUAUUAUAAGAGUGUUUUCGAUGUACUAAAAAUCAGCUUAAAUACUCUGUCAAAACUGAAUAAACUGUAUUUAUCUAUA